AUGUCGUCCGCAGGCCUAGCUGAAGCUUCAAUCCUGGCUACAUUGAAAAAGCUCUUCAAGACUGAUAGCGUCACUGGCGUUGCCAGCGUGGAGCUGUGGGUGUUGCUGACAACGCUGCUGCUGGUGGUGAGGUUCGUGCUGGAUUGCUUCGGGCCGUGGCACGCGGAAAGGUCUAUGGCAGCCACUGUCCGAAUCAUCGAGAUGCUGAAUUACUCCAUGGUGCACUACACCUUGGGGCUGAUGCAGCUCUCGGCAAAGAAGGUGAAUGACUACUUUCAGGUCUGGGCGGUGCUGCUGGUAACCCUGCAGUACAGCGUCAAGACUGGGCGCCCCUACCGGAUGUCCAAGCAGAUCCCGGUGCUGGAUCUCAUGUCCUCUUUCUGGGCAGCCAAUCUCAUCCGGAUACAGACCUUCUUCCUUCUCAGGAUUCCCCUCUGGUUGAUCUGGGCGCUCAAUGCGAUACGCAUCAUCUCAUACUUUGCUUCAUCUGAUAGGGCUGCGACCAUCAACCAAGAGAAUACAAGGCUGGUUAGCGACUAUAUGCGAUACGAGCACACACUCGGUCCCUCUGGCGAUGCAGCCGAUUCUGACAAUGGGAUCAGGAUGCAGUCGUACAAGUACCUGGUCUCUGGGGAAGACCUGGUGCUACAUGAUGCCCAACGGGAGAGGAAAUCUGCAUCAGCACAAUACAAGAUUUGGUUGGAUCCGGAUAACAAGAAGCUUGUCACCGUAGAGAAGAUAUGGAAUGUUGAUUCUGGCAGCAGUCGGUUGCUGGGCGGUACCAAUGACACUGGCAACCGACUGAAGGAUGUCUGCCUCUCACUCGCACUGUACAAGCUGCUGCGCCGUCGGUUCUAUAAUCUCCCGAUACACGAGGCUAGCCAUGAGAAGACAAGGCGGCUCCUCUUCGACUACAUCCUGCAGGAGAACUCCAACAACUAUGAGAGGGCAUUCCGUGUCACAGAGGUGGAGUUGUCCUUCCUCCAAGACUUGUUCUAUAGCAAGUAUGCUGCCAUGUUUGCGGUUGGAUUCCCGAUCUUGAGUAUGCUCAUGUCUCUGUCUCUGGUUGGGGCUACUGGAUACCUUGCAUUUCCCGUCAGUUAUAUACCAGAGAGGAUGGACAAGGCCGACAAUAAUAUCAUCACUCAUGGGGUGGCUGUCACUCGCGUCAUAGUUGGCCUUAUAGUUGCCAAGGAGCUGUCAGAGGUCUAUCUAUAUGUGUUCUCCAAUUGGUCUAAGGUCCUGAUGAUUUGUAUGUAUGUCAAGCAUCGGUGCUUGCGGCAUCCAGUUGUGGAGGCAGCAAUGAGAACAGUUUUCUGGCCCAUUGGGGGUAAGUGGAACCAGAAGAUCUCACAGUGCAACCUUCUGAUUUCUUAUUCACGCAAUAAGCAGAAAUUAACCCAAAGGAUCAAGUUGGAGUCACAAGUAAAGACAGCGAUAUUUCAGUCAUUCAAGGGCCUGCAGAAGCAUCCAGAGAGGUUGGGAUCCUACUUCUUAAAUGCCUUUGGAUCAAAGGAAGGCCUUGUGAAGCAGCUAGCAUGGGCAGUUGAACUGGAGGCUGAUACCCACAGGAUACUGGUCUGGCAUGUCGCGACAUGCUUAUGCGAGAUAGAUAUCUCUGCCGAAGUGAUAAAACGGAAGACUGUACGGCGUCAAAAUAGUAGGCUCUUGGCGAAGAAAUCAACAACUAAAGCGGAUGUGUGGCCACAUUACUUAACUGCUAGCAGCUUAUCAAACUACUGUGCAUACCUGCUUACCAUAGCAUUGGUGCCUGACAACGGCAUUGUUGUUACAAAGGUCUUGCAUGCGGUACGUUGUGAAACCUAUCAUGCUACUGGCCGCUCUGCAUCCCAGUCGUUGCGAGAUGUCAACGAUAAACUUAUGGAGAUUGCCAUGAAGCACUCUGAAGAGUCUGAGGAGGAAGUGGCCAAUGGAGUGGGUGAUGCAAUGGGUCAAGUAGCCCCUGAAAGUGCAGUAAUCCAUGAGGAAAUACUCAAUGUCCAGAUGGCUAAUGAUGAGGAAGAUCCUAAUACAGCGAGACGUGGUGAUGCCACUAACAGUUUCAUACCAGCUACCAAUAGGGAAGGUACUUUUGCCGGUGACGAUGACAUCCAUGAUUCCAUAAUACAGAUGGGGGCAAAGCUUGGGAAGCAGUUGAUAGAGGCUUAUGGAGAAGAUAAAGUAGGCCUAUGGAGGGAUCUAGCAGUGUUCUGGACAGGUUUCCUCCUCAACUUGGCAGCAUCAACCAGAGCAGCCAAGCAUAAGACACGGCUUGUUACAAAAGGGGAGCUCAUAACACACCUGUGGGUUUUGCUGUCUCAUGCUGGGUUUCUCGGAAACACCAGGCACGGGCAAACACUCUUAGACCCACAUGAUCUUGAUGAGAUCGACCCGCUCAGCUGA